CAGUAGCGAACUCUCACGACGGUGCUCUCUACCGUUACUGUUUUUUUAUCCAGUUGCAAAGUCGCGUUUCGAGUUUGAAAUUGUAUUUUAACUCGCGGAUAAUUAAAUCUUGGUUAAAAUUUUUUGGAUUAAUACUCGUGCCAUGAAGUGUAUACGAAAAGAAAAGCAAAAAAAUUUGAAAUAUAUAAAACAGAGAUAUGUACGAUUGUUAUCGUGCUAGCAGGGUAGAAAAAUUACGCAUGUACCGUCGAUGGCAGUUAACCUCAAAUUUCCAAGGCGUUCGCCACACGAUGAGGAACAAUCUUCGAUGAAAUAAUUUAUUUAUUUAUAUUAUUAGUAUUAUUAAAAUUGGUGUUAAUUAGACCGAAUUAAUUUAACGGUUCUAUCAAACAAUGGCUCUUUACGAUAACCGACAUUGGUUGCUCUCCCAUAUCAGGGACAGUUUCAUUUCCACUGAUGACACAGGGAUGUGCGAAAUAGUAAUGCUGGGCGAAGAUAUUCCAAAGCAGCUGAAAUCGAAUGGGCUGAAAUGUUAUCCAGGGAUGGAGGAAAGUGACGACGAAGAUUUGGAUGCAAUGGCAGAGUCGUACGACAUUCAAAUGGACAUGGAAUUUGGUCUCCGAGCACGUUCUAACACGGCUCAAAGGUUAGAAAAGAUGGACUUGGAGAGGAAAAAAGCAGCUAAGGUCAAACAUAUCAAGUGGGAUCAGAAUCCAGAGAAUAUAUCACUGGAAGAACAAUCGGAGCUGUUUAAACGGAAGGAUUUCAGGAAAAAAGAUUCUAAACCUCUCAAAAGGCAUUCUCUUUUAUCCGAACAAUUGGAAAAAUCCCCUCUUUUGCCUCGUAAUACAUUUAUGGAGUACGCAAGAUUUGAUGGCAAUGCCCAAAUUGGAGUUCCUGUGCGAAAAUACCGAAUUUUUAUGUGCAUGUUGCCAAAAGAAGAAAGAUCGUAUCCUCUUCAAGUUGUAGUUUUAGCAACGACCAAAGUCCAGGAAUUCAUUGGUCUCAUCUGUCACAAAUACGCCAGUGAGCAUCCGGAUCAUCCCCUGAAGGAAGAUAUUUCGAAAUAUGGAUUGUAUUUGACGGAAGACGACGGUGAAGUGGACUGGGACUUUCCAUGCUUGGAUCCCCGGGAAACGAUUGCUAAAUUCGAAUUCACGACUCUCGGUCUCGUCGAAAUGAAAGAAAGUGAUCGCGCCAGACACGACACCGUUGGACCCAUUGCGAAAAUCGACGAAGAACCUACUCCCGACAAUGACAAAGAGCAACAGGAUAUAGCCGAAAAUCUUGCGAGAAUGGAGGGCCACACCACAGCCAUGGAGGCUCCUCUCUAUCAAUUGUAUAGGGUAUAUAUAAUCAAUAAAGUGAGAGCAAAGACUGAAAUCCACCUGGGCAUAUCGGGUGAAAAAAUAGAAAUAGAUCCGGUGAUAACGGGUAAAGGAGCUGGUAGAUUUUGGAAUCGGCAGAGGGCAGUAAGUUAUCAAAUGGAUAAUAUCGCUUGGUGCGAAAUGAUAGAAAACAAAGGAUCGAAAACGACUUUUACCCUCGUUUAUAUGGCUCAUCCGUCAGCUCCGACACUGGACAGUAACGUGUCCUCGUCGAGUCACUCGCAAGCUCUACAUCAAUCAGCAUCAUUCAAAAAUCACGACUUUGAGGCGGAUUACGCAACAGCCGAUGAGAUAGUCCGGAAAAUCAAUCACAUUCUCGAGCUUCGCAGCAGCAAUUCGCGUAAAGAAUUUCUCGCUCACAGAGAGCGCAAGGCAGCAAGACGAAAGAGUUUUCAUCUUCACAGAUGACGCGUGACACGUUUUUACCAAAUUUUGGCUACUUUCACGUAUGAAGAAUUUGCAGAAUCAAUUAAAAAAUAUUAUUGUAUCAGCAUUAUUUAAGUUAAUACAUCUAUACGUGUAUAUAGAUAUAUAUGUUUAUGUAUAAUAUAAAACUCGUAUUUCAUUCGCCAA